ACUGGGGACUAUGCCUAGCUGGGGGUGUCUCCUGGUCAACCGUAAGGGAGAGGAAAAGGGGCCACCUCCUGCCUUUUGGGGGGGGGGAAAGAGCCAGGAUUUGCCCCACCCCCAGGAAAAGGACCCCUUCCCAGGGUUAUGAGAAGGAGAUACUGUUGCUCCUACCUUGGUGGAGUUUUGUAAUACCAGAUCCGGUGGAUCCCUGAGCACUCCCUUAAUGCGCAAUGGAGAAAUCUCAGCAGAAAGACCGAAAAAACCGCAAAUCCUCUAAACAAGAUGCCCAGCCUGCUGAACAGAAGCUUGACACCGGUAACCGAGGGCUGAAGAAAGUGAGCAACAAGACCGUGAUAACAGGAGGUGCUGGCUAUUUUGGCUUUAGCCUUGGCCGCGCCCUUGCCAAAUCAGGAACCAGUGUGAUUCUCUAUGACAUUAACCAACCCCUCUGGGAAAUUCCAAAAGGAGUAGUACUCGUACAGGCAGACGUGAGGCACUAUGACCCGCUCUAUGCAGCCUGCGAAGGGGCAGACUGUGUCAUUCACGCAGCCGCGUACGGAAUGACAGGAUUAGAACAAAUGCACAAGAGACAUAUUCGGUCUGUCAAUGUCGGAGGAACCAGUGUCGUCAUUGAAGUCUGCAAGCGACGAAGCGUCCCCAGGCUGGUCUACACAAGCAGCAUCAAUGUGGUGUUUGGCGGGCAAACCCUUAUUGACGUCGACGAGCAGAGUGUGCCUUAUUUUCCUUUAGCAGAGCAAAUGAACGAGUAUUCCAGAACCAAAUCAAUUGCAGAACAGAUGGUUCUAGGAGCAAACGGAGUGUCUUUACCAGGAGGUGGCAAGCUGCACACCUGUGCUCUUCGACCGCCCGGCAUCUAUGGGCCAGAAGAACAAAGGCAUUUUCCCCGGAUGGCCUUGAAUAUUCAAAGAGGGAUGUUUGUCUUCACAUUUGGGGGACCAGAGACCCGGAUGAACUGGGUUCAUGUCAAGAAUCUCGUGCAAGCUCACAUCCUCGCCAUGGACGCUCUCACACCUGAGAAGAACUAUAUAGCUGCUGGCCAGGCAUAUUUCAUCAACGAUGGCGAGAAGGUCAACCUUAUUGAGUGGUUAACCCCACUGUUUAAAGGAUUGGGUUGCAGCAAGCCAUGGAUACGUAUUCCUGUUCUUUUUGCUUAUUUUUCAGCUGUGGCAAUGGAACACUUCCACAACAUGUUAAUGCCCAUUGUUGAAAUCACACCUUUGGUCACCAGAAAUGAGGUGUACAACAUUGCUUACACGAACACGUUCAAAAUAGAUAAAGCCCGGCAACAGCUCGGCUACGCCCCAAAAAAGUACUUGUUUGCAGACUGCGUGGAUCAUUUUUUGAAAACCAGGCCCCACAAGAAGAAUUAUUUCAUGCUGAAAAGCUUCAUGGUGAUAGCCCUGUUCAUUGCCCUGAUCAUCCUGGCAGUUUACCGUCAAGAAGUUUGGGAAUUUGUUCACAAGAACUGGGGGAAGUAUCGGCAUCUUGUCGUGCGAUAAACCAGCCGUUCUCAGGCACAGGGUCGGCCGGGGGAACAUUGCCCUUGGAUCGCAUGGUCUGUUUUUCUUAGCUCUAAAGUAGUAGGCAGGCAGGUACAUUAAGUGGAAUAAGAAACAU